GACUCGGUCCAUCGACAACGUCCAUUGCUGUUGUGUCGAUAGACUCGAUAGUACAUGCCGGAUCUGGAGGCAAUCGAUUGUAUACAGUAACCUCCCAUCCAUGAGGGGACUCUCCGACGGGCCCGCCCCCCCAUGAUGGAUCUAUGACUUCGGUCAAGAGUGCCACCACUGCACAAUAUAUGGGAGAGACCCCGCUAGAGAUACGCCGGUGCAGCGCCGCCGAACGGGAGCCAGCGUCACCUCCAGGCUCCAGGAACCCGAUGAUGAUGAUUGCGGACCAAAAGGGGCCACCGGGAGUUGGCGUCGCAAGAGGCAUGUGCAGAAAGAAGCCCCGACGCGAAGGCAGCACCGGGAACAAGUCCUACUAUCACCUCUUACGUCAAGGCUCGAAUAACACUGUCUCCGAACAGGAUGAGGCUAUGGAUACGCUGGCAUAUGCGCCAGGAAGUCCCUGGAACCCCAACAGGUCACCUUCGCAAUACCGCUCAACUAUGAUCUUGAGCCACCGUCUUUCCACCCCCUUCUUUCUUUUUAUGGUUUUGCUUGGCGGAUUUCUGAUCUGUGUUUUCAAACGUUUGACGAACAUUACGUCGUAUCAGCCCUGCCACCCCCCAAGCCCAGAGUCGCUGCCACACUCUCCGAAGCCCGUCUCGGAGCCCCUCCCGCUUUUUUACUAAAAGUGCUCUCUGCAGACUCGGUCCCCGCUCGUUAGUCUACGGCGCAUGGGUCGACUCCAUUGGCGGCACCGACAGCCCAACAGCACUGAACCAGCGGUUCAACUACAAGCCAUUA